GUGGUUCAGCCAAGUUGUUUGAAUGUGAGAUUAGAUUCUCUUACACUCUUGUUUGAAAAAUGGAUCGGAGCUCUUUCUCCGCGCUAACCCGGAAUACCCGACCCAAAUCCGAUAUAUACUCUACUUUUGUAAUCCACGACGACGACGACGACGACAGCGAAACCAAUCGGCGUCGGAAAGCCGUAAGCGCGGAAGCUCAGGAAGAUCCAUACGGUACAAUGGUGUUCAAAGACAACGGUCACGACGACGACGAUGAAGACGAAGAUUCCUCUCUCCCUCCUCUCCUCAAGCGUCUCCCCAAGGAUUUCGGUGGCGGAGCGUCGAUGGACUACGACGAUGACGAAGAAUCCGGCGACUUCGGUACCGUGAUCGUGAAGUCCGAUCGUAGCCGGCAGCGGGAUCGAUCUUCUUCUGGUUUGACCUCACCGGCGGGUUCGACCUGGAAAACUCGGAGUUCUUUUCAGGCGAAUCCUUUGAACGGCGGGGACGAUGAUGAGGAUGAGGAUGACGACGGCGGUGGAUUUUCAACGUUCGUUGUGCGUUCGACGGUAAGGAGCGGCGAGAGAGAGUCUGUAAGCGGAACGAUGGUGCGACGGACAGGCGGAGGUAGCGAAGGUGGAGGUUCAACAAUGGAGAGAGCAAUUGCGAGUAUGCAAGGGGUGGGAGAGUUUGGAAUCGGGAAACAGAGGAAAGGAAGUGGAUCUUCACAGAACGAAGAUGUGAAGGGCCAAUCGAGGCCUACCAAGGUUUCGACGAGUUCGAUCCCUGAUAGUGUUAUCAGAGAAGACCCUACCACCAAGUAUGAAUUGCUCAAUGAACUUGGAAAGGGUUCUUAUGGUGCUGUUUACAAAGCCAGGGAUUUCAGAACCUCGGAGAUGGUUGCUAUCAAAGUUAUAUCAUUAUCUGAAGGGGAGGAAGGAUAUGAGGAAAUUCGUGGUGAGAUUGAGAUGUUACAACAGUGUAAUCAUCCUAAUGUUGUCCGUUAUCUUGGAAGCUAUCAAGGAGAAGAGUAUCUUUGGAUAGUGAUGGAAUACUGUGGUGGUGGUAGUGUUGCUGAUCUGAUGGGCGUGACUGAUGAACCAUUGGAUGAGUGUCAAAUAGCAUAUAUCUGUAGGGAAGCACUGAAGGGACUUGAUUAUUUACACUCAAUUUUCAAAGUCCAUAGAGACAUUAAAGGUGGGAAUAUCUUAUUAACUGAACAAGGAGAUGUCAAGCUAGGGGAUUUUGGAGUUGCUGCGCAACUGACAAGGACUAUGUCAAAGCGCAAUACGUUCAUUGGAACCCCUCAUUGGAUGGCUCCGGAAGUCAUUCAGGAAAGUCGCUAUGAUGGAAAGGUUGAUGUCUGGGCUCUUGGCGUGUCUGCAAUUGAAAUGGCAGAGGGUGUUCCACCAAGAUCAUCAGUGCAUCCGAUGAGGGUUUUAUUCAUGAUAUCCAUUGAACCAGCUCCAAUGCUCGAGGACAAAGAAAAAUGGUCUUUAUAUUUCCAUGAUUUUGUUGCAAAGUGCCUUACCAAAGAACCUCGACUCCGCCCUGCUGCAUCUGAGAUGUUGAAGCACAAAUUUUUCGAAAAAUGGAAAACUGGAUCUGCUGCAAUGUUUCCAAAACUAGAGAAGGCAAGGCAAGUCAGGGCUUCAAUGGCUUUACAGGCACAAACUCUAGCUCCAGCUGCAGCGGGAGAUCAAGAGCCAAUGAUCGCUUCCAUACUAAAUGACGAGUAUGGAGAUACUGUUCCAUCUAGACCUCAUAACAUAGGCGAUGAGGAGGCUGCUGAUAUCUCAUCACAUGGAACUAUGAGGAAGCUGCGUAAGGUGGAUGAGGUGGACAAUAGUGAAGGUAACUUUGGCACUGUGAUAAUUCAUGGAGAUGAAUUACAUAAAACCACACAGGAUGCAGAUGCUGCUGGUUAUUUAUCUGCUUUCUCCAGCAGCACAAGAGGCAGAUUAUCUGACCCUGGGGUUGAGAGUCAAAGAGUUGGCAACAUGAACACUUCCUCUUUUAGAGAAUCUGGUCUAACUACAGAUGCUAUACAAUCGUCUUUACCAUAUGUUAGUAAUUCAACUGAGCAGACCCUCAAAACAAAAGGCAGUCAUCGAGCACAAGCUGGAAUUGGUAGUGAUUUAAGGAAGAGCACACUGAAGAAUGAAACAGUCAGCCGCAAAUUUGCUUUACAAGAUAAGCUUUGGUCCAUUUAUGCCGCUGGUAAUACUGUGCCUAUACCAUUCUUAAGGGCUACAGAUAUAUCUCCUAUUGCUCUCCUUUCAGACAAUGUGCUUGGCGGCAUGCAACAGGAAACCAGUGGAAGUAGAACAGUAGAAGCAUUGCAAGAGCUUUUUAGUGGCGAUGGGCAGUCUAAAAAGGGCCGGAGAGGAGUAAAUGAGCAUAUGCCACUUCCUCCAAGCAUUUACCAAAGAUUAACAUCAAGUUCUACUCUAAUGAAUUUGGCUCAGGCUUUAGCUUAUCAUAAGACGUGUUUCGAAGAUAUGCCACUACAGGAGUUGCAAGCAACCCAGGAGCAGCGAACUAUUCAAAAUCUCUCUGACACACUUAGAACCAUUCUUCGGUUGUAGUAUCCCCAAGCAUUAAUGGCUACAAGAUGUGCCAUUAUUAUAUACGUACAUAUCAGUGGCUGUGAAGCAGUAGUAUUUUGUUUUUGAUUGUGACUAGUUUGUUUUACUGGUUUCAUUAAUCUGUUCUGGUCUACUCGGUUUAGUCAGAUGUCACGUAUUUAUAUGUAAAUAUUUUGUAUCUAUGGCUUGCAUCAAAUGCUGUAUUUCCAUAUAUUGUAGUCUUGUAGUGGAAAUUUUUGAGUAAUGUUAGAAAUUUGUCUUCCCAUAUUUUUACCAA